AUAUUCGCAGGAAAAGGUGCUUUCGUGGCUGUGAACUGUCUGGGGGAAACCGGUUGGAAGAGGCUGGGCUUUUGUUUUGGAAGCAGACGAACAAAACCAUCGGAACCCAAAACAACCCAAAAAAUCUCUCGCAUUCAUGGAAGCAAAGAGCAUUAAAAUUUCUUGCAUUCAUGCCCGAGGAGAGCGAGAGGAUGGUAAAGUUUAGUAUACCUACCUUCCUACACAAAUUCAUCCUAAACAUAUUUCAUAUCCAAUCUAGAAUAUCAAUACAAAUUUUGCUGCAAUACCAUCCCUAUGACUUGGCUUUGGUCUUUUUAAUCGGAGAUUGAUUCUUCAAUUAUUCAACUUAUAUGAGAUUAAAUAUGAUCUUAUCGAAGUUUAUAAUCGAGGAGUCGGGACAAUUUAAAAUCAGUGAGUUCUCAGACGAUUUUACUUUUUGUAGGUGAAUCUAAAAGUAUCUCUAUGAGAGUAAUCACUCUUUGGUCAAUUCCACUACAAAUUUUUUGCUUCCUCCAAUAAAAUUACAAUUCAAAUUUCGAAAGGCUUAUUUAUGACGCCAACCUCCCCGUGUGCGUUUCCCGGAUCCGAUUCCAUUUCAUCACGUCCGCUGACGCCAACUUCCCCGUGUUCGUUUCCCGUAUCCGAUUCCAUUUCGUCACGUCGGCUCACCUGCACUCGAGGGACGUCGUACCGGGCGAGUACGUGGCUCUAUACGACCGCAUAUAAAUCAUUAUGCGGAACUUGAUCAAAUUCAUCUCGCCCGUUCAUAAGAAUUUUCUGCACAUGUGCAGCAAUGGACGGUAGAUCCGAGAUUAACCGCCUAAGUAUGUAUGCGCUAUCAUCGCGUCACUACUCCAUACGCUAUAUUCCCUUCGGUCUCCCGGCGUAUAGUCCUCUACUUAAGCCCGAAGUUAUUCCCCUGUCCCGACAAGGAAAGGGCAAAAGCGACGCGAACAAGACUAUUUAUUUGACCCCUCGGAGACCGUGCGUGCGAGUGCGUCUCCUCUCGCUCGCCGCUCUCCCUCUCUCUCGCUCGCUGCUCUCAGUCUCUGCACUGUCUGCUUGAUAGUUUUGCGGAAUCGGGGCUCGAUUGCCAUGGAUGGCAACUCGACAGCUCCAAAUAGAGUCAAAGAUCCGAGAACCAUAGCAAGAAAGUACCAAAUGGAUCUUUGCAAGAGGGCCGUGGAAGAGAACAUCAUCGUUUACCUCGGGACGGGGUGUGGGAAGACGCACAUCGCCGUGCUGCUCAUGUACGAGCUCGGUCAUCUCAUCCGAAAGCCGAGCAAGAGCAUCUGCAUCUUCCUCGCUCCCACCGUCCCUCUCGUCCGGCAGCAAGCAAUGGUCAUAGAGAGCUCCACAGAUUUCAAAGUUCGUUGUCACUAUGGAAGUCAGAAGAAUUUAAAGGACCAUGAUGACUGGAAUAAGGAAAUUGACCAAUCUGAGGUGCUUGUUAUGACACCACAGAUAUUGUUGCAAAAUUUGCGCCAUUGUUUCAUUAGGAUGGAUCUAGUUGCUUUGCUCAUUUUUGAUGAAUGUCAUCAUGCACAAGCACCCACGAGGCAUCCCUAUGCACAAAUCAUGAGGGAAUUCUACAAAACUAAAGGUGAUGGUUCAAAGUGUCCCCGUGUAUUUGGCAUGACAGCUUCCCCUAUCAUUGGAAAAGGAGGAACCGAUCUAUCAAACUAUACCAAAUGCAUUAACAGUCUUGAGAAUUUACUUGAUGCGAAGGUGUGCUCUGUUGAUGAUGAAUCGGAACUUGAAGGUUUUGUUGCUUCUCCAGAUAUUAAGGUCUACUACUAUGGUCCACUUUUCUACACUGCUUCAAGUCUCACUUUCGUUUACAGUAAAAAGCUUGAGGAUAUAAAAGUCCAGUGCAUAUCCAUGCUUAAAGACAAGUUAUGUGAUUUUAGAGAGUGUCAGAAUCAGAUAAAGCUUUUGCAUAGGUUGCAUGAUAACAUCAUUUUCUGUCUUGAGCAGAUUGGACUUUUUGGAGCUAUAAGAGCUGCAAGAAAAGCUGACAUGCCAGAAACAGAGAUUGUCAGUAUUAACAAUGACAACUUCCUUAUAGAUCAAUAUUUAACUAAGGCAUUGUCUAUUUUAAUUGGUGACUUAUUGGAUGGUAAUAAUGAUGUUGAUUCUUUAACCAUCGGAGCUUUAGAGGAGCCAUUCUUCUCAAAUAAGUUGGCAGUUCUUGUUGGUAUUCUUGCAUCCUAUAGGCUACAAGCAACCGCAAAAUGUAUAAUUUUUGUGAAGAGAAUUAUUGUUGCAAAAUCGUUAGCAUAUAUCCUUGGGAGCUUAGAGUCUCUUAAAUUUUGGAAAUGUGAGUUCCUUGUGGGUUGUCAUGGUGGAAAAGAGAGCAUGUCUCGUGGAAAGAUGAACACCAUUGUUGAAAGGUUUUCUUCUGGGGAGGUGAAUCUUCUGGUUGCUACUAAUGUAGCUGAAGAAGGACUUGAUAUUCAAACCUGUUGUCUUGUUGUGAGAUUUGAUCUGCCCGAAACUGUAGCAAGUUUUAUACAGUCUAGAGGACGUGCUCGGAUGACAAUAUCCGAAUAUGUGUUUCUCGUAGAGAGAGGGAAUGAACGUGAAGGAAAACUGCUGAAUGAUUUUAUGGCUGGUGAGGAUAUCAUGAACAAGGAAAUUACCAGUAGAACAUCAAGCGAAACCUUUGAUGAUUUGGAGGAGGUUAACUAUAAAGUCAGUAGUACUGGUGCCUCAAUCAAUACAGGUUGUAGUGUUUCACUCCUCCAUCGUUAUUGUGACAAACUUCCGCGGGAUAAAUAUUUCACUCCUUUACCUAAGUUUUAUUACGUCGAUGACCUAAAUGGGACUAUCUGCAGAAUUAUUCUUCCACCAAAUGCUCCCUUGCGUCAGGUUGAUGGUCUACCCUGCUCCUCAAAGGAUGAAGCUAAGAGAAAUGCAUGUUUGAAAGCAUGUAAAGAGCUUCAUGAGAGAGGUGCUUUGACAGAUUAUCUUUUGCCUGAUAUAAAUCCUCGAAGAAAGAUUGGACCAGCAACACACCAUUCUGAGUAUAAUAGCAACAGCAUUGAAGAUGAAUCUUCAAGAGAGGAGCUUUAUGAGUUGCUAGUACCAGCUGUUCUUAGAAGAUCAUGGUCUAAUGAUGAUACUAACAUAAAUUUGCAUUUUUAUUAUAUUAGAUUUAUCCCUAAGCCAAAAGACAGACAGUACCGGAUGUUUGGUCUUUUUAUCAAGAAUCCUCUUCCUCAAGAAGCUGAAAGUUUAAAAGUUGAUUUACAUCUUACCCAUGGUAGAAUUGUUGAGACAACACUCACUCCUCAAGGGAUGACAACAUUUGACAAAGAGGAGAUUAUGCUUGCACAAAAUUUCCAGGAGAUGUUUCUCAAAAUUAUACUUGACAGAUCAGAAUUUUACUCAGACCUUGUUCCUUUGGGAAAGUGCAAUGCAAGUCAAGAUUGCUCAUCAAAGUCAUAUCUCUUGCUCCCAGUCAUUGAGCAACUUUACGAGGGACAGAAGAUGAUUGACUGGACAACUGUGAGAUGUUGUUUAACAUCACCAGCCUUUAUAGAUGUGUCAGCCAAGUUUGAGAAAGCUCCUUGUCGCACAAGUGAGAAAUUACAACUUCUCAAUGGCUCAGUAAAUAAAACUGAUGUCAUGAACAGCUUGGUUUUCACUCCACACAAUAAUCUGUUCUUUUUUGUUGACGGGAUUCUUUAUGAAACAAAUGCUAAUAGCUGCUACAAGGGUACAAAAUGUGAAAGCUAUGCAGAAUACUACAGGGAUAGGUUCCAUAUCAAGCUUUCAUAUCCAGAACAGCCUUUCUUGAAGGCCAAACAGCUCUUUGUUUGCCGGAACUUACUCCAUAACAGAGUACAAGCAAAUACAGAAGCCCGUGAACUAGUGGAGCAUUUUGUGGAGUUGCCUCCAGAGCUUUGUUCUUUAAAAAUAGUUGGCUUCUCAAAAGACAUUGGGAGUACUUUGUCUUUAUUGCCAUCUCUGAUGCAUCGCAUGGAAAAUCUUCUUGUUGCUAUUGAACUAAAGGAAGUACUAUCCUCAUCUUUCCCAGAGGCAUCUGAAGUUAGAGCAGACCGUAUACUAGAAGCACUUACUACAGAAAAGUGCUUGGAACGCCUCUCUCUUGAGAGGUUUGAAGUGCUUGGUGAUUCUUUCUUGAAGUAUGCAGUUGCUCGUCACAGCUUUCUUACUUAUGAAGCCUUUGAUGAAGGACAGUUGACCAGGAGGAGAUCUAGUAUUGUGAAUAAUUCAAAUCUGUAUGAGCUAGCAAUUGCAAAAAAAUUACAGGUCUACAUUCGUGACGAGCUGUUUGAUCCAACACAAUUCUUUGCAUUGGGCCGUCCUUGUAAAAUGGUUUGCAAUAUAGAUACAGAAUCAGUGAUUCAUCAAGAAGAAAAUGAGAAUCUGAAUAUUGCAGCUGAAGGACAUAAUUUUAGAUGCACCAAAUCCCACCAUUGGCUGCACAGGAAAACCAUUGCAGAUGUUGUUGAAGCUCUUGUUGGAGCUUUCCUUGUUGAAAGUGGAUUCAAAGGUGCAAUUGCAUUUCUCCGCUGGAUUGGGAUAUCAGUUGAUUUUGAUGUAUCAAAUAUUUAUAGAGUUUGGGAGUCAAGUAAUAGCAAUCUUUCACUCAUCAGUAAUAGAAAUGUCAAUGAGCUGGAAGAAAUUCUAGGUUAUACAUUUCGAUGUAAAGGCCUUCUGCUUCAAGCAUUCGUGCAUGCUUCCUACAAUAAGCACUCCGGCGGAUGUUACCAGAAACUGGAGUUUCUUGGAGAUGCUGUCUUGGAGUACUUGAUUACAUCAUACCUAUAUUCUGUUUUCCCAGAAUUGAAGCCAGGUCAAAUAACAGAUUUACGGUCAAUAACAGUCAACAACAACUCUUUUGCAAAUGUAGCAGUUUGGCGGUCCCUCCAUAAGUAUCUAAUGAAAGAUGCAAGGAGUCUCGAUGAGGCCAUAAAUAAGUUUGAAAGUUUUGUUCUUUUGUCUGAUCUAGAAAAGGACUUGAUUGAGGAACCAGCAUGUCCGAAGGUACUUGGUGAUAUUGUUGAAUCUUGUGUUGGUGCUGUACUUCUGGACACUGGAUUUAACUUAAAGAUUGUCUGGAAUUUGAUGCUUAGCCUACUCGGACCUGUCUUGGAUUUUUCUAGUUUUCAGAUUAAUCCUCUUAGAGAACUUCGUGAACUUUGUCAGUAUUUUAAUUUUGCAAUGAGGCUCCCAGAUCCAGUUAAAGUUGGAGGAGAUUAUUGUGUCAAAGUAGAAGCUGAUGUAAAAGAUGAACAUUUGAUGUUCACAUCAACUAACAAAAACUCAAAAACUGCUAGAAGAAUGGCUGCACAAGAAGUACUUUCUAUGUUGAAGGCUCGUGGCUACAAGCUUAAAAGUAAACCACUGGAGGAUAUCGUGCAGUCAGCUAAAAAAGACAAACCCAAACUAAUAGGAUAUGAUGAAGAACCUAUAGUAAUUGACAAUUUGGAUUCCAUUCCUUUGGAGAAACUGCAAAUCCAGACUACAGAAGAGACUCCACACUCAUUAGGUCUUGAAAAAGCAAAUGGUGCAUCUUUGUUGAAUUGCAGUGGAAAUUCCUGGUCAUCUAGAAAGGAAUUGACUAGAGCUGAUGCCAGCGAGUCUUGUAACGGAAACCAUGGCCAAAUUCAACAAACAGUGAGUGAUUAUGUUGAGAUCAGUGGAACAUCCCCAGGUGGCAAUCAUACGGAGACCGCUGGUACUUUGGCUCACAAAACAGCCAAGUCACGGCUGAUGGAGAUAUGUGCUACUAACCACUGGCGUGAUCCAUUGUUUGAAUGCUGUAAGGAAGAAGGUCCUAGCCAUCUGAAAAUGUUUACUUACAAGGUUACUGUUGAAGUCGAACAUGAGUCUUCUGUGUGCUUGGAGUGCUUCAGUGAACCUAGGCCACAAAAGAAAGCCGCCCAAGACCAUGCUGCAGAAGGUGCACUCUGGUAUCUAAGGCAUAUUGGUAUACAGCCUGCAGCCUGUGAGAUUUUAAUUAUUUUUGAAAAGCUUUGGACUCUGAUGGUAUGGCAUCAAAAUGGUACGCACAUAAUUUGUUUUGGUCUCAUUGGGUGUAAUUGUACUGAACUUCUAAAGCUAAAUGUCCUUUUUGUCUAGUUCCAUGGCGCUUAAGAUUUCUUGAUUCAAUUGACAUGUAAGAUUUC